UUCGGACGCAACGCCAGAGUCGGACGCGGAGGAGGGGCGGGGGGAGUGAGUCCAUUCCAUUUCUCUUUCUUUUUCUCAUCGCCUAAAUUCCUUCCCAGAAAAUCUCUCUUCUCUUCUCUUUCUUUCUUUCUUUCGUUUUCUCUGGAUUUCCGACGAUCGAUCCAGAUUCUGGCGAGAGAGCGCAGAGAUGCAGAGGUCUCGCGAUCAGAUUCACCGCUCAAGAUCUGCCAAACCCGCCACAAUCCAUUCAUACGCCCACUCCGGCGAUCUUCUCGGUUUUCAGAGGCUUCUUCGCGAAAAUCCCUCUCUUCUCAACGAGAGAAAUCCUGUUAUGGUACAAACCCCUCUCCAUGUGUCUGCUGGUAACAACAGGGCCGAUAUAGUUAAAUUUCUUCUUGAGUUUCCAGGGCCGGAGAAGGUUGAGUUGGAAGCCAAGAACAUGUACGGAGAAACUCCUUUGCACAUGGCAGCAAAGAAUGGAUGCAAUGAUGCUGCACGUUUACUUCUUGCUCAUGGUGCUUUUAUUGAAGCCAAAGCUAAUAAUGGGAUGACACCGCUACACCUUGCUGUCUGGUAUUCACUUCGUUCGGAAGAUUUCUCAACUGUCAAGACAUUGCUAGAGUACAAUGCUGAUUGCUGUGCUGAGGACAAUGAGGGAAAGACACCUAUAAACCAUCUGUCAAAAGGCCCUGGUAGUGAAAAGUUGAGGGAGCUAUUAGUCUGUCACCUUGAAGAGCAGAGAAAGAGAAGAGCAAUUGAAGCAUGCAGUGAAACUCAAGCUAAGAUGGAUGAACUUGAAAAUGAGUUAUCAAACAUAGUGGGCUUGAAUGACCUCAAGAUACAAUUACGAAGAUGGGCAAGGGGAAUGCUUUUGGAUGAGAGGCGUAGGGCUCUUGGCCUAAAAGUUGGCACCCGAAGACCACCUCAUAUGGCUUUCCUUGGUAACCCCGGAACAGGUAAAACCAUGGUCGCCCGUGUUCUUGGAAAAUUACUCCACAUGGUGGGAAUUCUACCUACUGACAAGGUAACAGAAGUACAACGGACUGAUUUGGUUGGCGAAUUUGUUGGUCAUACUGGACCGAAGACUAGGAGGAAGAUAAAGGACGCUGAGGGAGGAAUUCUAUUUGUGGAUGAAGCAUAUCGAUUGAUACCCAUGCAGAAGGCAGAUGAUAAGGACUAUGGUUUGGAAGCAUUAGAAGAGAUCAUGUCUGUUAUGGACAGCAGAAAAAUAGUGGUCAUAUUUGCUGGGUAUAGUGAACCAAUGAAACGUGUAAUUGCUUCAAAUGAAGGCUUCUGCAGAAGGGUGACCAAGUUUUUCCACUUCAAUGACUUCAAUUCGGAAGAAUUAGCGACUAUUCUCCAUCUUAAGAUGAAUAACCAAGCAGAGGAUAGCUUAUUGUACGGGUUUAAGUUGCAUGCUUCCUGCACUGUGGAAGCUGUUGCAGGAUUGAUACAGAGAGAAACAACCGAAAAGCAGCGUAUGGAGAUGAAUGGAGGUUUAGUAGACCCAAUCCUAGUAAAUGCCAGAGAAAACUUGGACCUGAGGCUCAACUUUGACUGCAUUGACACUGAAGAACUACGUACAAUCACCUUAGAGGAUUUAGAAGCAGGAAUUCAGCUUUUAUCCCAAUGAGAUCGAUUCCAGCUUAAGUUAAGUCUUAAAGGAAAAAGAGUUUAUUCUUUUCACAGCCUGACAGAAGUCUCAUUCAAAUUAAACAGAAGCAAUUCUUUCCACAGGCCUCUCUUCUGAUGCGAUCCACAUGAUCGCGUGGUCUUGCUGCGGAUGAUUCAGAAGCUGAGAUGCUGCGGUCUUGAUAACAUGAAGGACUAAUUCUUGUCAUUCAUCAUUUUAUAUGCUGUAGAUGUUUCUGCUUUUCCUCAUUGUAUUCAUUGUUUUUUACUGCCUCCUUUUCAGCAUCAAUAAAUGUGGUUUUUUGAGUAGUUC